AUGAAGCAGCGCGCACGAAGCGCGAGGCCUCGCUGUUGGCAUCCCUCGAAAUGCUUGGGGGCUCUCUUUGCCUGUCUGGCGGUGCUGCCUCACGGGCACGAGAGCCAGAACCUGGUUGGUGCGCGAUUAGCCGGGGCCGGGGCGAUUGCCCGAUGGAGGAGCCAAACCAGCCAGGGCCUGCUUAGAAGGCACGGUCAGGCUGACGGUGGGGCCUCGGCCUCGGGGGAGGCGCUGUGGCAGGAGGCCCUCCAGGCGGAGCGCAGCCGCUCAGAGCUGCUGCUGGGCAAGUUCGAGGAUCUCGAGGGCCUCGGGGCGGCUGACGACGCCCAAGACCGGCGCAGCUCUUUGAAGAAGGAGCUCUCUGGCCUCCUCAAGGAGGAGCUGCCCAACACGCAGGCCUCCUUCGAGAAGCUGAAGAGCUACAACGACGAGCUGGACGAGGCUUUGCAACUGCUGCAGAACCCGCGGCGCAAGACCAGCGCUCCGUCCUUCGUGCCAACCUCGGGCCGCCUCGCUGGUGACCCUGUGACCAUUGACAUCUUGCCGCCUGUGCGCGAGACGGAUGGCCCUGCGCUGGUGCCUGGCGCUGCGCACGUGCGAGUCUCGCUGCCUCUGAAGGAUAAUUCCGAGCUGAUGUGGGGCUCAGACCUGACGCCGCUUUACGAGCCUACUGGUGCACGGCUCAUGUGCUUUACGGCCUUCCUGCCGCUGGGCAUCCGUCUGGUGGAAGUCCAGAGGCCCCUGGAUGUGCCAAGAAUAGAUGCCGACCUCGUCGUGGUGCUCUCGGUUGACCCCAAGAGCGAGGCUGAGACGUUGGGCAUUCAGGUGGGGGACAUUGUGAGGGCCGUGUCCUUCGUGGGGGCGGGCCCCGAGCCCGGCUGGCUGGAUAAGAUGCUGGGGGCGGAGGCGAUGCCAAUGCAGCAGGUGAUGAAGUGCGAUGGCCGCUCCGCCGCCGAGGUCACCGAGGCCCUGGAGUCGAACCGCGAGAAUCUCGAUGGUCGGCUGGUGCUCCUUUUGGAGCGCCCACCUUAA